AUCUCUCUGCAACCCUUCUUAAUUUCUCUCCAAAGCUUUCCUUGUUUGUUGGUCGUCUCAUUUCUCUACUAUCGGGUUUACAAUGGCCGGAAAAGGUGAAGGUCCUGCUAUCGGAAUCGAUCUCGGAACAACCUACUCUUGCGUCGGCGUCUGGCAGCACGACCGUGUGGAAAUCGUAGCGAAUGAUCAGGGCAACAGGACGACGCCAUCGUACGUGGCCUUCACUGAUACCGAACGCUUGAUCGGCGACGCCGCCAAGAACCAGGUCGCCAUGAACCCUACCAACACUGUCUUCGAUGCAAAGAGGUUGAUUGGGAGGAGAUUCAGUGACCCUUCUGUACAGAGUGACAUGAAGUUGUGGCCGUUCAAGGUGGUCGCCGGUGCUGGAGACAAACCAAUGAUCGCCGUAACAUACAAAGGGGAAGACAAACAAUUUGCUGCAGAGGAAAUCUCCUCUAUGGUUUUGAUAAAGAUGAAAGAGACAGCAGAGGCAUAUCUGGGUUCAACCAUCAAGAAUGCUGUUGUCACCGUUCCGGCAUACUUCAACGACUCACAGCGGCAAGCCACCAAGGACGCUGGAGUCAUCUCCGGUCUCAAUGUCAUGCGAAUCAUUAACGAACCAACAGCUGCAGCCAUUGCAUACGGCCUGGAUAAGAAAGCCGUUAGUGUUGGGGAAAAGAAUGUCCUCAUCUUUGAUCUUGGCGGUGGUACUUUUGAUGUCUCUCUCCUUACCAUCGAGGAAGGUAUAUUUGAGGUGAAGGCCACCGCUGGAGAUACCCAUCUCGGAGGAGAAGAUUUUGACAACAGGAUGGUGAACCAUUUUGUUCAGGAGUUCAAGAGGAAGAACAAGAAGGACAUUAGCGGAAGUCCUAGAGCUCUGAGGAGAUUGAGGACUUCUUGUGAGAGAGCAAAGAGGACUCUGUCCUCCACUGCUCAAACUACCAUUGAAAUUGAUUCUCUGUAUGAAGGAAUUGAUUUCUACUCCACAAUUACUCGAGCUAGAUUUGAAGAGUUAAACAUGGAUCUAUUUAGGAAAUGUAUGGAGCCGGUGGAGAAAUGUUUGAGGGAUGCUAAGAUGGACAAGAGCACAAUCCAUGAUGUCGUUCUUGUUGGUGGGUCAACUAGAAUCCCCAAGGUGCAGCAGCUGUUGCAGGAUUUCUUCAACGGGAAGGAGCUCUGUAAGAGCAUCAACCCCGAUGAGGCUGUUGCCUAUGGGGCAGCCGUGCAAGCCGCCAUUUUGAGCGGCGAAGGCAACGAGAAAGUUCAAGACCUUCUGCUCUUGGAUGUCACCCCUCUUUCACUUGGCCUGGAAACUGCCGGAGGAGUCAUGACUGUUCUAAUUCCGAGAAACACCACCAUUCCGACCAAAAAAGAACAGGUUUUCUCUACCUAUUCCGAUAAUCAACCUGGGGUUCUUAUUCAGGUCUAUGAAGGCGAGAGAACCAGAACCAAAGACAAUAACUUGCUCGGAAAAUUCGAGCUAUCCGGAAUUCCCCCUGCUCCAAGAGGGGUUCCUCAGAUCAGCGUCUGCUUCGACAUCGAUGCCAAUGGUAUUUUAAAUGUAUCUGCGGAGGACAAAACAACAGGACAAAAGAACAAAAUUACCAUCACCAACGACAAGGGUAGGCUUUCGAAGGAUGAAAUUGAGAAGAUGGUGCAGGAAGCAGAGAAGUACAAGGCAGACGACGAGGAGCACAAGAGGAAAGUGGAGGCAAAGAAUGCGUUGGAGAAUUACGCGUAUAACAUGAGGAACACAGUGAGUGAUGAGAAGAUCGGCUCUAAACUCAGUCCGGAAGACAAGAAGAAGAUUGAGGAUGCGGUAGAGCAGGCAAUCCAGUGGCUCGACAGCAACCAACUGGCUGAAGCGGACGAGUUUGACGACAAGAUGAAGGAGCUCGAAAGCAUCUGCAAUCCUAUCAUCGCGAAAAUGUACCAGGGCGCGGACGCAGAUAUGGGCGGUGGCGCACCUCCCACCGGAGGAAGUGAAGCUGGGCCCAAGAUUGAGGAGGUUGAUUAGAAAAUAUGAGUUUUGUGGGUAAUAUUUUAUUUUUUUUUCCUCGUUAUUUCUUUCCAAAUUUAUUUUUUUUCGGUAAAUAGGGGAAUACAGCUGAAUUUUGUGAGAAAUUGAUAAUGUGGAUCUUCAUAAGCUGAAUAAGUAGAUUUUGGGCGAGUUUUUAUUUUAUUUGAGAUUUUAAAUACCCUUUUUAUUUUAUAUUCCCAUUUGUUAAUUUUUUUUUAAAGUUAUAUAAUAAAAAAUAACUUUUCUU